AAAAAGUAGAAGACCAACAAACGGCACACCUUUCCGGUGCGUUUCAUACUUAGAUCAUGCCAUGAUCUGCUUCUAAAAUUGCUUUCAUUUCCAGAGACAGCUUAGUCUAUAUCUCCAAUCACCCUUCUUUCUCACAAAAAGUAGCGUUCGGGCCGGUGUCACCAGAAAAUUAAGCAGCCGGAAAUGCCAUUGUUCUUGACGGAGACAAGCCGCGAAGGGAGGGAGGGCGGCCAGAAUAUUAGUUACCGGUUGAAAAAAGCUGUUUCUCCGGCGAGCAGUGUGAGGGAGAUAGAGGAGGAGGAAGGAGAAAGUGAUUGUUCGAGCGAGCUGUUUGAGAUCGGGGAAGAUCAUGGCAGAACGGCGUCCUCGUGGAGAGAAGAUCGUGAGUUUGAGGAGAGCCUGUUUUCGUUCGAUAUCGGGAAGCACUACAGCAGGGUCGACGUGGAGGGGGGCGGCGACGGAGACGACCGCGGCGUUUAUGUGGCUGUGGGGAAGAGCGACACCAGCGCGGGGGCGCUUGUGUGGGCUCUCAAGCAUGCUGUCAGCCCUCGCAGCCGGACCUCCGCAGUUGUUUAUCUCCUACAUGUCUUCCCUCACAUACGCCAUAUUCCUUCUCCAUUAGGAAAGCUUCCAAUAAGUCAAGUGGAUCCACAACAAGUGCAACAGUACAUGACUCAGGAAAGUGACAAGAGGAAAGAAUUCCUUCAGCCAUUCAUUGAUGUGUGUUCAGCCUUUAAGGUGAAGGCAGAGACCAUUCUCAUCGAGGAUGACAAGGUGGCAAAAGCCAUCCUCAACCACAUUCCUACUCUCAACAUAAGGCAGCUGGUGGUGGGAGCCAAGACUUCCAAACUAAGGAAACUGAAGUCGAGGAGGGGAAGUGGGAAGGCCAGCCAGAUACUGAGGAAAGCACCUGAUUCCUGUGAAGUCAUUGUCAUCUGUGAUGGAAAACAAGUGGUUUUUGACCAUAUUACCGAAAUGCCCUCUCCUCGCAGUAGCGAUGCUUCCACUAGUUCCUCCAGGUCGCAGCAAGAUGAGGAGGGGCACCAUCGUCACUCCUUCUCUAUUAAUUCUAUCUUCAGUAAGGUUAAGAGACACCUGCGGGGAUAGCUUCGUUGGUAAGAGUGUGAGGCUGAAGAUCUCAAGGUCUCGUCUUUCAUCCAUGCUAGCUGCAUUAAUUUUUUGGCCUUCUAUUAUUUAUAUUUUCUUCUUCUUUUUCUGUAUAAAAUUAGAAAAUAGAUAACGGUCAGAUUGUAAACUGUUCUUCGUGGUUGGUACUAUUAAAUGUAUUUACUUCUGUUCCUAAAUAUUGAUUAAUAUGACCAAGGAUUUGUACC